AUGUCUUCACGGCUAUCUCGGACAAGUUGUACCUACCGCCCGAAGCACGACCCCGAAACCGUCUACGAAACCGGCGCCAUCGUACGAUUCGAACAAGUCCCUCGACGGCUUCAUUCCCAAAAGCCCCAGGCUCCCGGCCCUGACAAUUCGGCGGGGCCGCCUCUCAACGGCUCGCGGAAGCGACCAUACCGAGAACAGGAAAAUGGGGAUGGCCAGGAUGCGCCUGAGAACACGAACAGAGUUAUGAAACAAGCGCGGCGCGGCUACGACGGCGAUAGGGGAGGAGGCGGCACGGAUGUCAACUCUGCGUGGGCCAAUCCGGGCAUGGCGAUGGGAUACAACCCCUCCGACAAUCCUCUCGCGCUCGUCGCCGGCUUCCCGGGGUUCCCUCGCGGUCCCGAUGGCCUCCCAUUCCCUUCGCCGUUCAUGUAUCCCGGCCAAGGGAGAGGAGGCGCCAAAGGCGGAAACAAGAGAGGCCGCAAGCAGCGUUGCCGCCAGUUCGACACGCAAGGCUUUUGCCCCCGGGGGUUGACGUGCCCUCACGAUCAUAGCCUUCCCGACUUUCCGGCGGCGUCGCUCCCUCUUUCCUUGGGGAUCAAUGCUGCCUACGACCCUUCCGACCCGAAUCUGCUCCUGUUCGCCGCGCAGCAGCAGCUUAGCAACUUUGCACCACCUAACAUCAAGGGGCCGCCAAAGAAGCGACGAGGUGACAAGCCGCGCAAAACCAGCCGGGAAAAGGGGUCCAGAGCUCCAUUUUCCGUAGAAGGGCCGUUUGGCCAGAUCACCGAGGUCACCCUGAAACCAUACAAGUACCUGGCCAUCAUCAAAUUCGACAGUUGGGACUCUGCCAACGCCGCCUACCAGUGUCCCAAGGCCAUUUUUGAUAACCGAUUUGUCAAGGUAUUCUGGUACAAAGACGAGGCCGAGAGUUCUAGCAAGGGCCGUAGGAGGCCGGACAGCACGAGUCUCGACCCCGAUGCGCAUCCUUCCGACCCCACGUUCGAUAUGGACGACUUUAUACGGCGGCAGGAGGAGGCGCAAAGGGCGUUUGAAGAAAAACGGCAAAGGCGGACUGAGCUGCUGAAACAAAAGGAAGAGCUCGACAAGCGGCAGCAAGACCUCCUUGAGAGGCAGCUCGAGAUCAAGCGCAAGCUCGAAGUCAGACUCGGCACUGCGUCUGGUGGCGCUAACCAGGGCGAGGAGGAAGGCAGCGCGGCGACGGAGUCUCUGAGGGCCCAGCUGAUGAAGCUCGAGGAGGAAGCGAGAAUCUUGGGCUUGGAUCCCAACUCCGAGGGCGCGCUGUUUGACGAGGGAUCGAGCUUUGCGCCGCGUGGCGGGUAUCGCGGCCGCGGAGGUGCGAGAGGCAACUUCCGCGGACGCGGAUCUGGCCCUAGGGGUGGAUUCCGUGGAGGAUAUGGCGGCGGGUACGGGGACGUCCACGAAGCGUACGCCGCCUACUCUUUGGACAAUAGGCCGAAACGGGUCUCCGUCACCGGUAUCGACUUUACGGUGCCCCAGAAGGACGAGGCCUUGCGGCAAUUCCUACUUGGCAUCGGAGAGUUCACGGCGGUGGAGACCACCCCGUCCACGACGCACGUCACUUUCAAGGACCGCAAAACGGCCGAGAUGUUCUUCGUCCAGGUCAACAACAACACCCUCCCCGGGGUCGAGGGCACACUGGAAGCGGCCUGGAUACCGAACGCGACCCCACGCCUCCGACCAGAUCAGGUCCCGCAGGAAGUGGCAGGAGCGCGCACCCAGCGGGCAGCGCGCCGGCAAUAG